AGAACAUAUAUAUGGAUACUGGUUCGUUUGUAUUUUUGGAUAAACUUAUCGACUAUGCUAAAAGUAUAAGGAAACUAAACACGAACAAGUUAUGAUUGUGAUGGAGGACGACUUUGAAACAUCUAUAAACAUUGAUGUAGAGCAGGAAAAUGAGGAAAACAGACGCAGAGAGAUUACCUUGCAUGACGAAGUGCCGAGACGAAUGCCUUUAGCCAAUAAAAUGUUUCACAAGAGAGCUAAUUGGUCUGCUACAGGUGACAUCGUAACCAGUAGUGAUAUUGACCGUGUUUCACAUCCAAGCAACACAAACGAAACAUCAAAGGUCAAGCUCGAGGCAGUCUCUGCAUCCGGGUAUCAAACUUUUGUUGCUGUAGAUAAGGAACUAACCAUAAAUGCUGACGACGAGAGAGAAUAUUGCUGUUUAUGUUGUAAACGGGUGACAGGCCACUAUGAUGCUAGAAAAUGUUGUUCAGCAUGCUGUAAAGGCAUAGGGCAAUCGUGCAGAAACAGAUACACCAGAGGACAACUUUGUAUGGACGACUGUGCGCAAUAUUGCGGUAUUUGCUUGCGCGAUUUAAGAGUUAAGGUAACAGCAUUUUGUGGUGGAGUUGGAGACGCUUUGUGCCAAUGUGCAAAUGGAAUAUGUAAAGGAUUGUCUUUGCUAGCGACUGGAACAUAUACAGGAGUGUCAUUACUAGGGCAGUGUUUAUAUGGAAGUUGUUCAGUGCAGUUGUUACUACACUUACUUCUUCCACUUUGUUCGAUGAGCAUUGCAAUAUCCAGUGUUGUACUGCCAUACUGGGCCUGGGGCGAAACAAGCGACGUAGCUGUUGGUCUCUUUAAAUGCUGCAAUUUUACAGAGGAGAAUCGGGUGUGUUCACCAUUGUCUGACUGUCUUCCAUCUGAAUCUAAAUUGAACUUGCUCUUCAAUGCAGCUGUCGGUCUACAGAUCACAUAUAUUGUCUUACAUGGUGUAACUAUUUUACUGGUAACAAUCAGCCAACAAAGGGAAUAUUAUUCUGAUGAGCCAGAUGUCCGCAAAUGUUGCAAUGGAAUGAUUAUUUUUCUUGCGGCUGCAAUCUCUUACAUCGGCAUCAUCGUAUUUUUAUCCGGUGUUAUCCAAUUACCAAGCUUUAAAGGCGGUCCACCCCGCCUGUCAAUCAAUCUGGCGAUGAUAUCCUGUGUUGUUUACCUCUCUUAUGCAGCCGUUUGCUUUGGGCAACCUAAAGUGCUUAUAUGUGUACCCACUUCGACUGCUGUGGUCUAUUUAGUGAUAUUUAUGAUGACAAACAAAACUGUUCUGAUUGUUGUACUAGUUUUGAUUGGUCUGUUUAUAUUAGGUACGCUUAUCGUUUUGCUCAUGAAAAGCAGAAAGUAAUUAACUGCAUGGAUAUAACGAAACAGAAGGAAAAUGGUAUGAGAUAAACCUAUUUAACCCAUGUUUUCAAUGACAUUUCUAUCAUCAUAUAUUCUAUCAUUUAUAUCAGGUGUUAUCGAGGCACACAGCUUGAAAGGUGGUCCACCCCGCCUGUCUAUCAAUCUGGCGAUGAUAUCAUGCGCCGUGUACCUUUCUUAUGCAGCCAUCUGUUUUAGAGAGCCAAAAGUGCUUAUAUGUGUACC